AUGACGCUCAAUGUGUGCUCUCACUUGAUUAUCGCUGCUGUUCCCCUCUUUCCCUCUCGUCCCUUCCCUCUCCCAUUGCUUUCCUCCCCUCUUCGCCAGCUUCUAAUCGCUGCUGACGACUGGUCAACCCAUGCCCAAGGCGGCCCAGGAACCACACGGUACCGCAUUGCAAAUCUUCCGAGCCAAACCGGCCCAGGCGUGUACGAGCUCGGGGUCCUGCCGAACCGGGUGGUUCGGCGGCAGCGGCGGCUGCAGGGGUUACCGGUGCGGGUGGUGUAUGUGGGGCAUUCGGAGAGUGUGAGGAGCAGGAUGCAGCAGUAUGGGCAGUCAGGGUCGCACCUAAAGGAGCUCUUCGAAGGGGUGUUUGCUGAGGACUAUUCCCUCACCUUCCGAUGGACCUCUGUAAGCCGUGGGAUGCAGCAGUACGGGCAGUCAGGAUCGCACCUGAAGGAGCUCUUCGAAGGGGUGUUUGCGGAGGAUUAUCCCCUCAUUUUCCGCUGGACUCCUGCUGCAACAAAGGCAGAAGCAGCGGCAACAGAGACCCUGCUGCUCUCCGCCCUUGACUACAUCUGGAACGCUGCGACAAAGGCAGAAGCAGCAGCAACAGAGACUCUCCUCCUCUCUUCCUUCGACUACGUCUGGAACGCGGCCACAAAGGCAGAAGCUGCUGCAACGGAAACCCUACUCCUCUCCUCCUUCGACUACGUCUGGAACGUCUGCAACAACCACCACCGCCGCCAUGACCGCCUCUUGACCAAGCUCCAAGUCGGGUCCUCCUUCUCCCGCCGUGCAGCCGUGGCUUUCCCCUUCCUACCAGUCGCUCGACUCGUCACUCCUGUGGCUGUUCCCUUGAAGGUGCCGCAACAGGUGGCUCAAGAACAAGUGUCUGCGAGAUGUGCUGGAGAUGUGGGUGUUGUGACUUGUGGGGCGCCGCUUGUUGGUGGGGGAACUUGCCAGGAAGCUGCUGUGAAGGGUAGAGUGAGGUGUGCAGCACAUAAGCGAAUCCGAGUCAAAGGGAGAGGUGGUAUGUGA